AUGCCAUUGCAGAAUCGAAACGCACAAGGCACAGAACCUCCCCCGCCGACAGGCCCUACGGGCCACCCAUUACCACGACGGGCCUCGCCAGGAAACUCGGUAACCUUGAAGCACCACCAACUCGCCCGCGAUGCUUCUCUCAGAGCAAGCCCCGGUUCGUCGCCGGCGGCGGCGAAUCCAAGCAAUGUCACAAGUUCGCCGCGCCGUAAUUCCUCCGGGGAGAGUCACGAAACGGGCCAGAGCGACCCGAAAAAAUGGUUUGAUUUGUCAAACCAAAACCCGACAGCAACGUUUGACAAUAAUGCCAUGGAUGUUGACCCCCCCUUCUUCCAGAAAGAGUCGGAUUUGUCAAAUGAAGACAAGCCAUACCAGUUCCAACGCCCGCCUCCUCCGCGGCUCGCCACCGGCCAGAGUAGCAGCGCGGAUGAUUAUCGCAGCGUGAUUGACGAUCUAACCGUCGAAAUCCAGAAGCUGAAGGAGGAAUUGAAGAGGUACAAGCAAAAGGGUCCGGAAACGCUGCGAAAGGACAAGCUUUUCGAAAUCAAGUACCAUGGCCUUCCAAGGCGUAGGAGACGAGAGUUAGAAUCGACGCUGCGUGACUUCGCGGCUAGCAUUGAAGACUCUCCAGAUGCCCCGUCGUCUCAGCGAAAGAAAUCAUUGCGACACGCCACGCGCGACCACAUGUACUCGGCUUCGGGAUCCGCUUCUAAGCACGCCUCCUCUUCGUCUGGCUCCAAUGCCAGACCUGUAGACUCUGCGUACGCGUCCAUGUCAAGCGCUGCUAAUUCAUCUGGAGCGUCUCUCGGCCGUCCAAGCGUGGGCUCGCGUGUCCGGUCUGACCAAAAGGUAGAAAACUACCUGCGCGACAUCCCUGAGGGUUUAUACCCACGCCACAUGAUAUUGACCGACAGGGACAGAAAGAAGUUAGUAGUAAGGCGCCUGGAACAAUUGUUUACAGGUAAAAUCGGCGGCCGGCAUGCGCGUCGAGCUAGACAUCGCCAAACCGACGGAGUCGAGGCAGAUCGGGCAUCAGCCGAUAUUGACUCUCGAGCUCAGCCUCCUCUUGCCAAACAGCAGCCCACUCCUGCUACCAAUGCUGCCGCUGGCGCCGCCGCCGCUGGAAAUUCAGAGCCGUCCCGGGAAGCCAAGAUUCUUCCGCCAGAACAACAGUCUGGUCACUCUUGCAAGAAAAGUCGAUCGCGAGAUAAUGGCUCGGCGUGUAAUUCUAACGGUGAUCAGACAGAGUCCGGGGGCAACGGGAACAGCAGUGGCUCAGGAACCAACACCUCGCCAUCUCAACCGCCCGCCCCCGACCAGCGACCCACACGUGUAAAGGAUCUGGAUCCGGAUCGGACUCAAGUUCCCUCUGAAAACAUGGAGUAUAUUCGACACUUGGGCUUGGUUCCUCCAGAGAUUAUACCAGAGUCGAACAAGAAUAACCUGGACGUGCAGCCGGAUGCUGAGGGUUGGGUGUACUUGAACCUGCUGUGUAACCUGGCGCAGCUACACAUCAUCAAUGUUACGCCAAGCUUCGUACGAUCUGCCGUGAACGAAAUUAGUACCAAGUUCCAGCUUUCACCCGACGGCCGCAAGAUACGUUGGCGAGGUGGUCGGGAUGGCACCAGGUUCUCCAGUGACAGUUCGAAUGAGAGUUCUCAGCAGAGCGCAGACACAGAAGAUUCCGACUCGGGACAACGCAAGCGGCAAAAGACUGGCAAUUUCACCGCGGAUGAUGUUCAGUCUGGCGGAAGUUCAAAAAGUCGUUCCAAGUUUGGCCCACAGGUGUCUGCUUCAUCGAACAGCUUUCACUACAAGCCGCUGUUUGUUCACAAUAGCUCCCCCAACGGAGAGACAUCGCUGGACGAAACCCUGUCAUCCUUUGGACCCAUUGACGAUAGCAAUGGGGACGAUUCACGAUGGAACUUGAGCGGCUCUGGCACGUCGAAUCGUCGGAAGCGUCGCCAUGACGGUGCCAUUAUUUAUUAUAGCGGCGCGCCGUUUUGCACUGACCUCUCUGGUGACCCUGGUGAUACAUCUCCUGCAACCUACAUGCUGUCCAGCGGCCAAGACCGCCAAAACUCUCAAGGACAAUCUUCCCGCCCGAUGCCGUACCGAUCUACAUCUGGUUCUUCCCUGGGCUAUCGUCCACUUGGCGAAAGGAACCAUGGUAUUGACACCAGCUUCAAGAUGGACAUUGACAGCAGUGACAGUGUUCCGGAUCUCACAGGUGACUCAGACUCCGAAUCAAGCAUCCCUGACUCUGAGUUUCCAUGGUCCUCUGCGCAACAGUAUAUUGAAGUGCAUCCACUGGAGCCUUGCGGUCUGGGAGGCGUCAUGCCAGACGACCACUUCAUGGUGGUUGUGACAACGAAGCGACCCAUGACAGAUGCCACGGCGUCAGAAUACCAGUCUACUAUACCGAGAAAGUCGGAGGAAGCCACUGAGUUUAUCAUCAGUCGAUUAGCAAGCAUGUCAACUUCAUCACCUGCUCCGCUUGCCACAAGUCAGCAAAACUUUUUUCCUAUUGAAAUCGACUACAUGUCGGGUAGGAUCAAGCGUCUGGCUCCAGUGCCGCUGCCUCCACCAGUCAUUUUUCUUCCGCCGUUCAGUACGGACACGUCAAGCUCGGGGGAGGAUGAUUUCGGCUCUGAGGAUGAUGACGACGCCCUAGAGUCGUCUGAAGAGCUGAUGAGCCGAGCUGUCAAUCCGCAUCAGUCAGAUGGCUACCCAGAUGGUGUGGACUUGAGCAGUGGCGACGAAGAUGGCGAAGACCCUGACGAGGAUGAUGCCGCUAAUGGGAUGUAUGAGCGAAUCGACAUGGAUGAUGUGUCCAAUUUCAAGCGUCCCAUUGUCAGUGCAAAGCGCCCGUCUAUUGGCAGCGCUGAGGCUGCACCUGGAAGCAUUCGACGCAGAAGCAAAAGUGCCAGUGCCGAUGCAGUGUUUCGAACCAGCGGCAGUUCAGCCGCAACCGCAGGAGGAGUGGAAAGCGGCCACAGCAGCAGCGAUGAAGAGAGUUGA